AUGAGAGGCCCUGAUAUUCUAUCUGCUUCAAUCCUGCUGUGCGGUGCUACAGCUGUUCAAAUAGCCAGGCAGCCCGAGGUCGCCGUUCAUUACCCCUAUCAACACCAACACACACUGGGAACUUCCAACGAGAAUGACACAAAUUCCGCGCCCGAUUUCCGCGGCUUCCAACUAUGGAGCGAAACGGACAAACUAGACGCCAAAACGCUGUCAAAACUCAGCCCGGCAUGCAGGGCAUCCAUGACACAGAGGAUAUACUGUCACAAGAAGACACGAUCUCUGCAGCGCCUUGGGCGUCGGAGGUGGGGUCUGGGUCUCGGAAGCGACGCGCUCAGCGAUCUUGUCUGUGCCAGCGGCUGUGGGGAGUCCAUCGCCGCGUGGUUUAAGGGCGUCGAACGCGAUUGCGCGACAUUAGAGGAGAGGAUCCUCUUUCCGGCCCAGCGUGGUGGGCAGUUGUGGGCUGCGUGGAACGAGACUUGUCUUAAGGAUGAGGAAACAGAGAGAUAUUGUGGUGAUGUUAUGGACGACUUCACGACCUCUUUCAUUUUCAUCAAUCAAAUGCCGGUCGAAGAACUCUGCUCCUUCUGCAACGUGCAAUGGCACCAAAUGAUGCAAACGUCCCCCUACUCUCUCUACGACAAAAACUACAAAUCGAACGUCGAACGCAUCAACAGCGCCUGCAACCUCACCCUCCCGACAGCUAUCCCGAACCUCAUGCUCUUCGAAAACCCAUACGUAGAGUGGGACCGGUACUGCCCGGGGACCCAUCUUUCGUAUACCACUUCAGCAGGGGAUACGUGCAACAGCAUCGCGGCACAGUUCAAUGUUUCCUCAGCAGCUGUCCGCUCGGUGAACUGGCCGCCUAUCGACUGUUUCGCUAUUCCCGAGAGUACGAGGCUGUGUAUCCCGUUUGGGUGUAAAACUUAUACCCUGAAGGAUGGGGAUACGUGCGACUCAAUUGAGCGGGAGUUGGACUUGAAACCAUGGUGGCGACUCUCCGCGAUUCGGGAGUAUAACCGUUGGGUGAAUGAGGAUUGUUCGAAUCUGCAUGAGGUUAGUGACACUCUUUACGGGCAUGUUAUCUGUGUUGGCCCGACCGGUAAGUCGAUCCUGGACGCAUAA